GAUUUUUAUGGCUGGCUGAACACGGAAGACUUUUGAAGAAUGUUGAGCGUUGUGGCUACUAGCUGAUCACUUUGAUUAUUGUCAUCGAGGCUCUGAUAACAUGUCAAAAUCUAGUUAGUAUAGUAAUUCAUAAAUCAACAAUAUGGUCAAUUUUUUGAACUAUAGAUUAUUUUUUGUAGGGAUGAUGUAAAUUAAAUUAAAUUUUUAUUAGUUCUAAUGGUUCUGGUUAUUAUAAGCAAAAUUUAAAAAAAAAUUAUUUUAUUUUAAUUUCCACAUUAUUUGUCUAAGAGCCAAAGCUUAUAAUAGAUUAGCAUUUAGGUCAAAUUUAAGAUAAAUGAACUGUCGGUGACAAAUGAUGAAGCAAAAUUUAAAGUGAGUAGGAAACCUUUUUGGUGGCAAACAUGGACAAAAUUGAUAAACCAAGUGAUUAACAUAUAAUUUAGCAAAAGCUAGUCCCAUCUACAAAUAACUAUAAGGGAAUGUCAGGGGAAAAAAAUUGGCACGUCAGUCGCUGCUCAACAGGCCGCAUAUAUCGGAAGGAUUUUUCCGUCAUUCCCACUCCUUGGUCUUUCUCUUCCAAUUUCGCCAAGGAGGUCCCCGUCCAAGCGUUGUCAUCAGGACUGCCAUUUCAAUCACCGCGCUGGCAAACCAACGCUAUCUGAUUCGAGAAUCCCCAUAGCGUGGUCGUCGGAACCACAAUCUCGACCUAAUAGCGCGAGCAAAAAACCUCCAGUGUUCUCGACCGUUUUUGUCCCAAGCCUCCUGGGAAUCGACGACGCCCCUUGCUCACCGCAGCUCUUGCCGUUCACGCCUAACUUUCAAUCCUGCUCCCAAAGCUGGUGGUCUUUCCAUUCCAGAAACCCCCUACCGUUGUCGUCAAAACCAUCGUUUCACCCAAUAGAGCAAACAAGCCUUCCCUGUUGUCAGCCAUCUUUUCCCCAACUUUCCGGGGAAUUGAAGCCGCCCCUUGCCCGCCGCAGCUUCUCCCAUCCACGCUGGGAAAAGUUAAUCUGCUAACUUGAAGAUUCGUUAGCAGAUACUAACUGAUAUCCAAAAUAUAUUAACUAGUAUCCAAGUACUAAAGUAUCUAGAGAGCACAGACUAGUAUUCAAAGUUUGCUAACUGAUAUCCACCAUGAAUCAACUAUUAUUCCAAAUUUACAAACUAAUAUCUAGACAACACAUAAUAGUAUCCAUAUAGCACAUAAUUAGUAUACAGAUAACACAUAAGAGUAUCCAGAUAACAUAUAAGAGUAUCCAUAUUGAAUACUAGUUGGUUGUUUGUGGAUAUUAGUUGGUAUCUGCUAUUUGGAUACUAGUUUGUGAUGUUUUGAAUACUAGUCUGUACUAUCUAGAUACUCAGCAGACUUGGAUAUUAGUUCAUACAUUUUGGAUAUUAGUUAGUAUAUACUAACGAAUCUUCUAGUUAGCAGAAUAACUAGACUGGUCCACGUCUAACUCUCAAUCCUGCUCCUAAAGCUGGUGCUCUUUCCAUUCCCUAUUGGCUAUAUGCAUUCUUGAAUCUUGAUCAAUGCCCCCCUCCCCUAAGCUUGGGGUCAAAAUAGCCUAUGUAAUUGACGCUCUCGAUGAGUUUAUUUCCAGGUAACGUUUUCCUAUGCGUAUUUAGGAGUGCGUUGGUGUUUUAACUUUUAAUCAAUCAUGUGAUUUGUAUCUUUGAUUUUUAUGGUUUUGCAGAGUACAAAUUGAAGCCCCUUAUUCUGAUUGAAGCCUUUUGUGGUAAAAUAACGGCAGCUCUAAUGCCGCCUAAGUGUCCUGGGGGUGAGGCUUCUUCUAGCCGAAACCCUCCAUCAUUUUCCAACUCUGCUAAUGUUCGAUGUGAAUUGUGAUAGUUCAUCUCUAAAGUCUAAUGUUUUUAUAGAGCUAUAUCAAUAUAACUUUAGAAGCUUAGCUAUGUGAUUAAUUUGUUGCUUAGGGUUAAGUUUGAUAGUGGUUUAGUUCUUAGAUUCUUCCCAUGUAUUUUCUUUUUCAUUUAUUCUGUUUUGAACCUUCGCCAACUAAAUUUGGUAAAGGUAACUUUAUGGGGAACUAUUCGCAAUCAAUUAGAUGAGAUAAUAUCUCGCAACAAAAGGAAAGCUAUCAUUCUGACUAUUACUUUUGUGUUUGUUGAUAAAUUCAAAGGUUCUCCAGAGUCCUGAUUUUCUUAGACACCCAGCUUGCUUAUAAAAAUUUGAAAGCUGAUUGUUCAAUUUUUAUUAUAAGGGUUCAUAUACCUGUCAUCAACAGGAGCGAUAUUGUUGAAGGUAAAUCUGGAUAUUCCAGAAGUGCAUCAGUUUGAUAUUGGAUUUUCACUUGGUUUGUUAGUCUAUGGUCUGUUGAUUUUACAAUGGAAUGCAAAUUUGUGAUGUGUUCAUCGUGGCAUUGUAGGGAAGAGAGCCUCAAUGCACCUGUUUUUAUUUUUGAGGUCCCUAUUCAUCCACAAAUCCAACAAGUAUUGAACAUGAGACUUAAGUUACACGUUAAACUUACUCAGUUUAACUUUCUUAACCCUCAAGCUGAGUACUCUGUGCUUAGCGUGGAGCAUGAUCCACUCAAUUCCAUAUAUUUGAAGAUGCUACCAGCUUUAUUUCACUUUCUCUUAUACUUCUAUUCUGAUUGCAGUAAUUGAGUGAGACAUCAGGUCAGUCCUUCACAAUUGCAGCACCUAUCCUGGAGGAAAGCAGCAUCACUAAACCAAGUACUGAUGCUAUUGGAGGGACUACCAUAAUCGGGGAGAAAAGGAAGCAUGGGGUAGACUCUGACCAUGAGGAACAGAAGUAGUACAGAAGAAAGAUGCAGUACCAUGGUAUUACCGAGCUUUAUCAGUAUAACUUAGCUAUCAUAAUUAGUUUGUUGCCUUCAAGUAGAAUGGGCCUUAAAGAUUGAUACUUACAAAUAGUCAAAUAUGAACUGUUUUUUUUUUUUUUUUUAUAGCUUUAACAGUAGAAUGGGUCGUUAUGUUAAGAUGUGCAUUGUGGAAAUGUAUUAUCAGUAGGGUGUUUUGUCUAGGAUGUGCAUUGUGGAAUACAAGAAAUAUACAGUACCAUGGAAUGGAGUUUACCUAAAACAGGUUUUGUGAGUUGCUUACUGGGGACGUCCCCAACAAAAUCUACUCCCUGUUUGGAAAAUGAAUAGUUUUAGCAUGAAAGAUUCUACUUCUGAAAGAGUUAUUAACAAUGAAAUCACUCACUAAUGAGAAGGCAAAGGCAUCCAUACAAUUUGGACUUCCACUUUAUUGCUUAAUAUCGUUUUCGUUGCACUCCAAUAUGCAUAUACUACAACACAAUAAAUGUUGAGGUUCUAUACUAUACCGGCCAACGGGCCGGUAGACGAAUGCUAGUUAUAUAUUCUCUAUGUUUGGCUCGGCUUUUAGAAGUGCUUUUUGGGUUCAAAAGCUGAAGCAGGGCCAAACACUUGUAAAAGCUCAGCUUUUGAAAAGCUGAAAAGCAUUUUUGUAUAACAUAAAAGCAGAAACUUCGAUUUGGAGCUUCUGCGAAAAGCUGUUUUGAAAAUACAAGAUUAUUCUUACCAUAUUUUAAUUUUAUUUCAGAAAAUAUAAUUUUCCUUCAUUUAUAUUAUUAUAAAAAUAAAAUAAAUUAUAAAUCAUAUUAUUUAAUAUUAAAUAAAUCUAACAAAAUUCAUUUUGACUACUUUUUAUUGUUUAGGAUUUUUAUUCAUAUUUUAUAUUAUAAGUCCUUUAUAGUCAUUUUACACAACCUCUAAUAUUAAAAAGCACUUCUAAUAGUUUUAUAGCCAAACACCCAACUGCUUUUUUUUUAUAGUACUUAUCUAAAAGCUACCGCCAGAAACUGCUUCUGCAAAAGCUACAGCAGGGCCAAACUAAGCUAUUGUGUUGAUCUUGGUUUGAUGGGAUAUUGGGAUCGGAGCAGCUUCAGUCGAUAAUUGAACCCGAGCUUAACUUCCACCGACGGCCCAUAACGCGGACGAUUUGCCGCAAAUAGGCCCAGAACGAAUAAGGCCCAAAAUAAAGAUUUAAGGUCCAUCAUUUGGGCCUUUAGGGUUUACUCCAAUGUCGGUAGUAUAUAAUCUUAACCCUUAGCAACUUUUAUGUUCCUAUCGUUUCCUUCCUCAACCGGAGCAGAAGCAGCAGCAAGGAAGCUCCUCGGCGAAAAUAAUGCCGAAGCAGAUUCACGAGAUCAAGGAUUUUCUCCUCACAGCUAGGAGGAAGGAUGCCCGUUCGGUGAAGAUCAAGAGGAGCAAAGACGUGGUGAAGUUCAAGGUCCGCUGCUCCAAGUACCUCUACACCUUGUGUGUUUUUGACUCCGAGAAGGCUGACAAGUUGAAGCAGUCUCUUCCCCCAGGUUUGAGCGUGCAAGACCUUUGAAGAAAAUUUGAAUUGGAAGCACUUUUUGUUGGACAGGUUUUGAUGGCUGUUUGUUACUCCGGUGGAAAUGCCAUUCUAGUGUUCCGUCGUUUUGUGGUUUUGUUGAAUUUCUUGAAUACAGACUUGAAGGUGUAGAACUGUUGCCUUGUAACAAAUAACAUGAACUCUACAAUAUUGCAGGUUGAAGUAGUUUAUGAGUUUCUGAGCCAUGAAAUCCGGUUGAAAACCAUUAUAUUACUUGAGACGCUUCUCUUGCUCUAUAUACAUUAUACCGUAGCAGCUACUUGCACUGUAUGUAUGCACGAGCGAAACAUACAUUUGGAGAUGUGUGUUCGAAUCAGUGUUAUUAAAGCCGAGCCGCUCGGCCUGACCGGUAAAACCGUCAUCCGGUCACAAAAUCGGCUCGGAACAGUCUAAAAGCCGCUCCGGUUUUAUGUAGCGGUUGGCGAGCGGCCGAGGUGGUUAGGCGUUCGAGCCGCUUGUUCGGUUUUUGCCAUUCAACCACUAAAUUUAAUUAAAAAAAUUGUAGAAAUUGAAAAUUGAAAAAAAACAAAAACGUCGGGCUCUCAAAUUGAAUCCUUAUUUCCAUUUAACAAUUUCGAUGGAAAGAGAUGAUCUCUGAUUAAGAAAUGUCCACUAUUUAUACUGAUAACGUUUAUUAGGUACCGGUUCUCUAACGGUUUUAAACGGUUUAAUACCGGUUAGACCACUAAAGUGCGAGCCGUUCGCAUUAUCGGGUCAUACUCCGGUUCGGUUCUGACAACAUUGGUUCGAAUUCCACAAGCGACUGACUCUCUUUAACAGCUCUUCGUUCUCUCCAUAUGUCCGAUUGCGUGUAUGCGGGUUAUUAGGUGACUGCAGGCUCCUUGUUCAUUUGUGAGUCAACCAUUGGUGCAUUUUUAUUAACCUACUCCGGCAAUCGGAAGACCUAGUGGUUCUGAAAGCGUUGCUAGUUCCACAUUGUGUUUCACUGUUUGCUAGAACCUUUUAGAACCUUUCCUCUCUUUCUUUUCCAUCUCUCGCCACCCCUAAACAGGACACUCAUUUCCUCUCCCAUUUUCACUCAACCCGUGGAAGAGAUCAAGAGAAGCAAUGUGAGUAUGUGACAAUUCAUUUAUUUUCCACUUUUUUUUAUGGGAAUUAUUUUCCACUUUUCAUUUCAUGAGGGAUGAUAACUCCUUAAAAUCACCACCUCAUGUUCUAUUUUGCACAUGGGCUAAUUACCAUAAAAGGUUAUAAAACUAUUCAUUUUGUACUAACGGUCACAAACCUUUAAUUUUGCACGUUUCAGUAACAUCCGUUUGAGAGAAUAACAGAAUGGUCAUUUCGUCCAUCUCCAUCCAAAAAACAGUAAUUUCGUCCAGUAAUCACGCCACGUCACUUAAAAUAUUAUUGAAAAAAUUAAUGAACAAACCCAAUUGAGCCGGACAAUCCUAAUUCUAUAUUCACCCACCCGGCUGGUUGUGUUCAUGCGUGUAAAAUUGACCAUCUAGCUUCAGCUCCGAGGUUGCAUUUGCCGAGACCAAGCUGGUCCAUUUAAUUCAACCAAGCUGUAGUUUCCACAUGACCAUGACCGGGAGAGGUUAGAGUGCUAAUUACUACGUACUAACUACUCUAAUCACUGUUCAUUAUUUUAAGUUAAAUCUAACUGUGGUUAAUAAUGAAGGGCUUUUUGGUAUUUCACUAAAUUAAAAAAUAAUACAUAAAUAAAAUAAAAAAUCUCAUUUAUCUCUCCCCUAUUUAUUAAUCAUUUUCUAACGAAAAAAUUACUAACAAUUUCAUUAGUAUUUAAAUCAAUAAUCAUUUUGGCU